AUGGAGAACAGAGGCUCCCCUUGCUUCUCCUUGAAGACCUUCAGGAGCUGCUCGCAAUUCUUCAUGCUCCUGAAGCUCCCUCAGCACGAGGGCCCUUUGUCCGGAACAGGCGCGUCCCCUAUUGGCUGGCUGCGGACAGCUCCGCAUUCGGACCGUCCAAUAGACAGCGCUGGAGGACCGGAAGCGCUCUGGUCCUCCAGCCAAUCAGAGCACCCCUAUUGUCUGAAUGCGGAAGUUAUUGCUGCUGCUGCUGCAGUAACAUUCCUCCAGGAGACACCAUCAGGGGGUUCUGUGUGUGUGGGCACUUCAGGCUUCAGUUCAUCAUCCAACCUGGAGGGACACAAGGACAACAGCACCGUGGAGAAGCCAUGGCAGUGUGGGGACUGCGGGAAACGGUACAGGUAUCCAUCUGAGCUGGAGCGUCAUCGACGUGUCCACACCGGGGAGAGGCCGUUCACCUGCACAGACUGUGGGAAGGGAUUCACUUUCUCCUCCGACCUGCAGAGACACCGGAGAGUCCACACCGGGGAGAGGCCGUUCACUUGCUCAGACUGUGGGAAGGGGUUCAUUCGGUCUUCGUCGCUGCUGGCGCACCAGCGGGUUCACACCGGGGAGCAGCCGUUCACCUGCUCCGAGUGCGGGAAGGGAUUCAGUGCAUCGUCCAGGCUGCUGGCGCACCAGCGGGUUCACACCGGGGAGAGGCCGUUCACCUGCUCCGAGUGCGGGAAGGGAUUCACCGAGUCGUUCUACCUGCUGAAGCACCAGCGACUACACACCGGGGAGAGACCGUUCACCUGCACUGAAUGCGGGAAGGGGUUCACUGAGUCGUGCCACCUGCUGUCACACCAGCGACUACACACCGGGGAGAGGCUGUUCACCUGCUCUGACUGCGGGAAGGGAUUCAAUAUUUCCUCCGACCUGCGGAGACACCGGAGAGUCCACACCGGGGAGAGGCCGUUCACCUGCACGGAUUGCGGGAAGAGAUUCACUCGGUCCUCUUCCCUGGUGGCUCACCAGCGGGUGCACACCGGGGAGAGGCCGUUCACCUGCUCGGAUUGCGGGAAGGGAUUCACUCAGUCCUCUUCCCUGCUGGCACACAAGCAGGUUCACACCGGGGAGAGGACAUUCACCUGCUCCGAGUGCGGGAAGGGAUUCAGUUCAUCGUCCAAGCUGCUGGUGCACCAGCACAUUCACACCGGGGAGAGGCCGUUCACCUGCACAGACUGUGGGAAGCGUUUCACUCAUUUCUCCUACCUGCGGAGACACCGGCGAGUGCACACCGGGGAGAGGCCGUUCACUUGCUUAGAUUGUGGGAAGAGAUUCACUUUGUCGUCUUCGCUGCUGACACAUCGGCGGGUUCACACCGGGGAGAGGCCGUUCACCUGCUCUGAAUGCGGGAAGGCAUUCACUCAGUCUUGUUCGCUGGUGGCGCACAAGCGAGUGCACACCAGGGAGAGGCCGUUCACUUGCUCCGAGUGCGGGAAGGGGUUCAGUCGGUCAUCCAGCCUCCAAAAACACGAGCGAAUUCACACCGGGGAGUGGCCCUUCACCUGCUCUGUUUGCGGGAAGGGAUUCACUAAAGCCAUCCGCCUGCGGAGACACCAGAGAGAGCACAGCGGGGAGAGGCCAUUCACCUGCUCUGACUGCGGGAAGGGAUUUGCUCUCUCCUCUUCCCUACUGAUCCACCGGCGCGGUCACACCGGGGAGCGGCCGUUCGCCUGUCCCGAGUGCGGCAAGGGCUUCACCAACUCGUCCUCGCUGGUCACCCACCGGCGGCUCCACACCGGGGAGUGGCCCUUCUCCUGCCCCGAGUGCGGCAAGGGCUUCAGCGAUUCCUCCCACCUGCUGACCCACCGGCGGGUCCACACCGGGGAGCGGCCCUUCCUCUGCCCCGAGUGCGGGAGGGCCUUCGGGAACUCCUCCGCCCUCCUGGCCCACCAGCGCUCCCACCCCGGCCGCGGGGGGGCGGCCCCCGCUGCGGCGCGGCCGCGCUCCGGGGAGCGGCCCUUCCCCUGCCCCGAGUGCGGCAAGGCCUUUGGCCGGCUCUCCCACCUGCGGACCCACCGGCGGGUCCACACCGGGGAGCGGCCCUUCGCCUGCCCGGACUGCGGGAGGGGUUUCGCCCAGCUCUCCCACCUGCUGACCCACCGGCGGGCCCACACCGGCGAGCGGCCCUUCGCCUGCCCGGAGUGCGGCACGGCCUUCGCCGAGGCCUCCAGCCUGCAGAAGCACUGGCGGCUCCACACCGGGGAGAGGCCCUUCCCCUGCCCCGAGUGCGGCCGGGAGUUCCGGCAGUCUGGCACCCUGCUGGCCCACCGGCGGGUCCACACCGGCGAGCGGCCCUUCCCCUGCCCCGAGUGCAGCAGGGCCUUCGCCCAGUCCUCCAACCUGGCGAGGCACCGGCGGGUCCACACCGGGGAGCGGCCCUUCUCCUGCUCCAUCUGCGGCAAGGCCUUCGCGCAGUCCUCCACCCUCCUGAAACAUCACAGCAGCCACGCAGAGUGAAGGGGCCUCUCCCUCCCAUUUUCGGAUGCUUCCCAUCAGCCUUUUCUUUGCCCAUUACCCAGAGAGUCGAAUCACAUCGCUGUGGGACUGUAGGCCCGGCCGGGUUAAGACGACAGUUUCCAACCCUAAAGGGACAUUGGUGAACCCAGACGGGUCCCACCCUGAUUCGUGGUCAUUGUUAGACCCUUAGGCCUUUUCUCGAAUUCUGAGUCCACUGUUCUGGGCGGGAUGUGAACCGGGUCCCGGGAAAGUAUUACCUGGGCCCUGGGAUUAACAGUCCAGUGAUGAUACAGCUAGGCCAUCACCUCCUCCUCCCCCCGAUCACCGGCACAUCCCUGGGCACUAUGGGUAAUUUAGCACGGCCAAUCCACCCUCACCGGCACAUCCCUGGGCACUAUGGGUAAUUUAGCAUGGCCAAUCCACCCUAACCUGCACAUCCCUAGGCACUAUGGGUAAUUUAGCAUGGCCAAUCUACCCUAACCUGCACAUCCCUGGGCACUAUGGGUAAUUUAGCAUGGCCAAUCUGCCCUAACCUGCACAUCCCUGGGCACUAUGGGUAAUUUAGCAUGGCCAAUCUACCCUAACCUGCACAUACCUAGGCACCAUGGGUAAUUUUGCAUGGCCAAUCCACCCUAACCUGCACAUCUCUGGGCACGAUGGUGCAAGUUAGCAUGGCCAAUUCACCCUAACCGGCACAUCUCUGAACACUACGGGACUACUUAGCAUGGCCAAUCCACCCUAAUCUACAUAUCUCUGGACACUAUUGGUAAUUGGAGAUUAGAGUCAAGAGUGUGGUGCUGGAAGAGCACAGCAGGUCAGGCAGCAUCUGAGGAGCAGGAGAAUCGAUGUUUCAGGCAAAAGCCCUUCAUCAGUAAUGGACUCUCUGGGUAAUUUAAUAUGGUCGAUCCGCCCUAACUUACAUAUCCCUGGGCACUAUGGGUAAUUUAGCACUGCCAAACCACUCUAACCUGUACAUCCCUGGGCACUAUGGGUAAUUUAGCACGGCCAAUCCACCCUAACCUGCACACCCUUGGCCUGUGGGAGGAAACCGGUGCACCAGAAGGGAACCCAAGCAGACACCGGGAGGGAUUGUGCAAACUCCACCCAGACAGUUGCCCGAGGGUGGAAUCGAACUUGGGUCCCUGGUGCCGUGAGGCAGCAGUGCUAACCACUGAGCCGCCAUACCCCGGUUUGCUACCAGCCCAGCUUUAUCUUUUUAAUUCUGCCUCCUUCCUCCCCUGGCUCCUGUCAUUUAACAAUGUCCUGCAAGUUCCUUCUGUUCCUUUCACAUUCCAUUUCCCCGGUUCGAGCCUUUCUGAGAACUCCAGACACCGUGAAUCAGAAACAAAAACGCAAAAUUCCUGGAAGAGCUCAGCAGGUCUCUGGGGAAGGAUCACUAACCCUGAAACGUUCACUUUGAUUUCUCUCCACGGAUGCUGCCAGACCUGCUGAGCUUUUCCAGCACCUUCUGUUUUUGUUUUUGAUUCUCGUUUUGCGCUCAGUUCAAAAUCGUUUCAAUUCCAUUAGAAACCUUCAAAACAAUAAAUCCGAGGAUGUCUUUUGUUCACCUGCUGGAAUACACAACUCCUUUUGAUCAAUACAACGUCGCUGUAUUGGCUUCAUGUUAAGUCCGUUUUUGAGGAGUUAUUGUGGGAAAGUUGAUUUAUUUUGAGUUCUGUGGAUUUUAUUCGCUGUCCCAACAGUCAGUGAAAAAGACACAAUGAAAUGACUUGUUUUAAAUCCAGGGCCCUUCUUGCAAAUGUACGAGGUAUUGCCAUCCCAGGGUGCUAGGGACCCGGGUUCGAUCCCACCCUCGGGUGACUGUCUAUGUGGAGUUUGCACGUUCUCCCCCAUCCCGUCUCUGCGUGGCUUUCCUCCGGGUGCUCUGGUUUCCCCCCACAGUCUGAAGAUGUGCCGGUUAGGGUGGAUUGGCCAUGCAAAAUUUUCCCGCAGUGCCCAAGGGAUGUGCACGUUAGGGUGGAUUGGCAUGCUAAGUUGUCCCGUAGUGCCCAAGGGAUGUGCAGGUUAGGUGGAUUGAUCGUGCUAAAUUUCCCAUAGUGCGCAGGGAUGUACCGGUUAGGAUGGAUUGGCCGUGCUAAAUUACCCAUAGGGUCUAGGGAUGUGUAGGUUAGAGUGGAUUGGCCAAGCUAAAUUGUCCUACAGUGUCCAGGGAUGUGCAGGUUAAGGUGAAUUGGCCGUGCUAAAUUACCCAUAAUG